ACAAAGAGAUAACCAUUUCUUUGAGAAGUGCUGCUUGCUUUCACUAAUCAUGCUGCUAUUUAAUUGCAAUUCAUAUUUAAAUCUAGGUGCAGAUUAGAUUAGCAUUUAUUAGAAGGGAAACCAAUGGGAAUGCAUGCAUAUCUGGAUUGAGUCAGGUGCAAUCUUGUCUUUUUGUUUUUAGGGUGCAUGAUUUAAACAGCUUUAGAGCCUCUCCACAUUGCAUUACAAUAUACAUUUUUACCAACUAGUCUCUUUAGAACAAACAGAGAAGAACCAUGGCAGGUGGUCAGUUCCUCACUUUUCUCCAAGCCACUUCAAGAUCCUCCCUGGCAAAGCCUAGUAGACCAUUCUUCUACAACACCAAUAAGAAUUAUGGGCAACCGAGCAAUGGAGACCGUAGCCGUUUGAUGGAAGAGAGGGCACCUUCCACGGCCGAAGAGUUCCAGAGAGUUGCAGAGGAGAAAGCCAGGGAAAGGAUGGCAAGUCAGAAUGUUAAGUCUUAUGAAGGUGUACAAGAAGCCACUAUUGGUGACUCUAAGAUUGAAGGGGUUAAGAACAAGUUCAACGCAUGAGGGGUGUUUCGGAACCUAGAGUCUAAAACUAUGAGAUAUCUAUAUGUAUCAUGUAUGUGAAGCCAGAACAAAGUUCUAAAAGAAACUAGGCAAUUGAAAGCUUCAGUCUUUGUUAGUAGUAUUAAGUUGGCUCAUUGUACUUUAAAACUACUAUGAAUUACUCUUGACUUAUGCAUAUGCAACUGAUAUGAAUCCUGGGUUUGGAGAUCAAAA